AUGGCCAUGGCUUCUGUCUCUUACAGCCCGCGUGGAAGCAAUUCCACGAGCAAACAUGGUGAAGCGGCUGGCCGAAUCAGGUCUGUUGAGAGCAAAUGGGCGAAAGAACUCAGUCAUCUUGAGAUUUCAUACGUCAAGAAGAUGAGAGCUGUUGACCAUAAAGCAAUGCAACGCCUUGACAAGCUGGGGGUCCAGCUUAGAAGCAUCUACUCGCAUCGGAAUAAUCAAAUCUCCGAACUGUUGAAAGAGGAAGAAUCUGGGGAGGUAAAACUUUUUGCCGAGGAAAAAGAAGAUGAAAUUGUGAAGUCUCUGAACGAGCUAAAACAAAGUUCUCAGAAGAAAGAGGAAGAGCUCAAACUGAAACUAAAAGAUGUGCAACGCAAUCUCGAGAAAUUUAAUCAAGGGCAUGGUGUAGAGCGACACGAGUCAGGCACUCGACGACAGAUCAAGGUGAAGAAAGAAGGCUCGGACUCUUCGGGGAUGGAAACGGAAAAGAAAGUCAAACAUCGGGAUGAUCUCAAGGCUCAGGUGAUUGCUCUUCCAGUCACUGCAAUGAAGGACGAGGACAGCACCGAAAUGCUGCAUGUUCAUCAACUUCGUGAACAGGAAGGACGCGGUACUCUGCAGAGCGACCAGAAGCGUAAUGAGAGGCAGACUACGAUCAAUCCGAAACAAGCUGUGCAGAAGACUUCAAGACAUUCCAAGUCCGUGAUCAAGGCAGACAAGAAACCGGACUGCACUGUUGAGUCGUGCUCAGUAUCGCACGAAGACAAGGAUUCUGCGGUGGACAGUAAGAAGGUGUCCAAGUUCAUUCAAGACUUGCAUGAGAACAGUUUGACGAAGAAGCAGCGAGCCAUUGCGAUGAUGAAAAGAUUAGAGGCCAAGAUCAAGAGCGAUUACGACAAGGUGACGGCAUUUGCAUCGCAGCAAGAGCAUGCCCUUGGUUGA